AUGUCGACAGGAGAGGUCGCCAAGUUCAUCAACAAUAUCUUAUUUUGGCCAAAGACUCUAUCAGUUGUCCCUUCGGGAAAAAUGCUAAGAACAAAUAAUAAAUUCUACAUUUUUUCCAUUUUUCAUCAAUUAAUGAUAACUUUGAUAGCCAUUAGCGCUUUUAGGUAUUUUACAUACAUUGUAACACCGAUAGACAUUUUUAGAGUAAUUUUGCCUGUGUACAUUAUUUUCACUUGUAUUAUUUUAAAUGCAAUAAAAGUUUCCCUUCAGAUCUAUGCGAAUCAGUACAAAGAUAUAUUUUCAAGUCUUUCAGAAAUUAACUUAAGAUUGAAACGUAUCAAUCCAUUUUCUCCACCGCUUUAUGACACCUUGGAAACUAAAGCAUUCGAAUUCUUCUGGGUGUUUUCAUUUCUUUAUGCAUCUAUGCUCGGUUCAGUUUCAUUCUUUUUCGGUGACCACCAUAUUUGGCGUUUGUCUUCAUUCGUACACAAUACUAACAUAAAUAUGGCACAUUUCGUUCUCACGAUCAUCGAAUGUUUUGUGACCGUAAUUAACAUUCAAUUGGAUUAUAUUAAAAAAAACAUAUACACAAAGCAAAAAAUAUUCGCUUUGGAACAAUGCGUAUCAACAUAUUUGAAGAUCUAUAAUACGUGCCUCAAAAUAGAGAAAAUAUUCAGUCCGCAUCUUUUAUUAAUUAUGUCAUUAUAUUUUGCAAUGAUAAUAAUGCAUUUGCAUUUUUUAAUUAUGAAGUUUUCAGACAAACACUUUCAUACGAGACCUUUGUACCAUGAGUACAACGUCGCCAUUACAGUAUUGUGCGCAGUUGAUAUUUUGCAAUGUGCUAGGUGCUUUCAAAUGCUGCAUUCAAAUUCGGAGGAGUUGAACAUCGCACUCUACGAGGUCUUGAUGAAACGUGAAGGCAAAGAAUUGCUCAAAUGUAGAAAACUGUUGGCCAGUAUCUACGCCAACAGAAAGAUAAGUGUGUCAGCUUUAGAAUUUUUCAAUGUUGACUACACGAUGGUACAGUCAAUGAUUUCUUCUUGUACGACAUUCGUCGUCAUAAUGUCACAGUUCGAAACUUCAAUCUAA